AUGAACGCGCUGGUCCAGUCCGCCCUGACUGACGUCGAAUCCAAACUCAAUGCCCUCCUAACCAGCCUCACAACCUCUCCUACUGCAGCGGGAGCCCCCGCCGCCGCAGUCGCCCUGCUCGAAGCCGACGAUGCGCUGACCUCCGUCAUCGAGACCCUCCGCCAGCACCAGGAAAAUCACGCAAAGAUCUUGCGACUACGGGAGGAAGCACAGCAGCUGGAAGAUCGCGUCAAAGGCAUCGUGCGAGACAUCGCAGGAUUCGACAAGGAGAUCCGCACAGCGUGUGGGGACGACGGUGACAGCGAUUCUGAUUCAGACUCCGACUCUGAUGAUGACUCUGACUCGCGGGACAAGAACGCGAUUCCGCGGGGGAUCAAGGGGAUUGACUACAAGUUGUUAUUGGAUUUCGCGCGUCGGAUUAGCAAAUACAACCACGAGGCCGCAGCAGAUGCCGCAACGGGCAUCGUGAAACGACAAGAACUGCACGCGACCGACAAAGAUGUGACAAUGUCAGGCACAAACGGCGAGCCGACUGAGAAUGGCGCAGAGCCAGUCGCAUCCGUCACCAAAAACGCGACACAAUGGCUGGACGAGUCGGCCAACGUCACACGCGAGGUUUACAUGCUACCCUACCCGAUGGAGGAACGGAUACGAAUGGGCCUGAUGGGACAAGUCCAGCUCGCUGCCGGUGAAAAUCCCGAAAAGGAGGUAGAGCGAUUGCUGCGUGAAGCCGAUGGUCUCGGAGUCGCCGAACCACCAGCUCCCGUGGAGCCAGCGGAAAGCACAAAGCAGGCGGACGAGGCUGCAAAGGCCGCAGCCCAUGCUGGAUCGUCGGCUGGAUUGCCUCGGGCGCCUGCUCCCUCAGCGCCUGCGCCCAAGCCCAAGGCGAUGCUGGAUCUUGAUCUCUACGAUCCUGACGACUCUGACGAUUGA